ACCGGAUUAUCUGUGGAUCCCGGAAUCCCACCACCAUCACCAUCGCCGCGACAGUAUCUGCCUCUGAGUCGCUGUCUCUGGGUCGCUUUUGUUAUGGAGAGCUGGGGCAGAGAAUGGGGUGCUCAUUUUGAAAGCGUAUCCAAUUUGGAGUCAAGCUUGAUCCUAGGGUUUUGAAGGAGAAGGGUAAUGGUGGAGGCGGCGAGCUCCUGCGGGGACGCUGAGGGGGUGGAGCUCCUCUUGCCGGAGUCCGGCGAGUGGGACCGGUCGUGGCGGCUCAACUUCGAGGGGUUCCGGCGAUCGGAGCGUAAAGAGAAGCCCUCCUGCAGACUCCAACGCUGCUUCGGCGUCUUUGGUACUGGAGAUGUUGUGGCAGAAUAUUAUCAGCGGCAGGUGGAAAUGUUGGAGGGAUUUAAUGAAAUGGAUGCCUUGGCUGAUCAUGGUUUUCUUCCUGGAAUGUCAAAGGAAGAACAUGAAAGGGUUGCCAGAGGUGAGAAAAGAGCCAUCCAUAUAUCAAAUAUUGCAAACAUGAUUCUCUUUGCUGCAAAAGUUUAUGCUUCAAUAAGGAGUGGUUCACUGGCAAUCAUUGCAUCUACAUUGGAUUCACUUCUUGAUCUGUUAUCGGGUUUUAUCCUAUGGUUUACUGCAUUAUCUAUGCAAACAGCAAAUCCUUACCAAUAUCCUAUAGGGAAAAGGCGCAUGCAGCCACUGGGAAUUCUCGUAUUUGCGUCUGUGAUGGCAACAUUAGGUCUGCAGAUUAUUUUAGAGUCACUGCGCUUGCUGAUAUCUGAUGAGGAUGGAUUUAGCUUGACCAAGGAACAAGAAGCAUGGGUUGUAUACAUUAUGCUAGCAGUGACACUUGUGAAGCUCAUUCUGGUUGUCUAUUGCCGCUCAUUCACUAACGAAAUCGUCAAAGCUUAUGCACAAGACCACUUUUUUGAUGUCAUCACCAAUGUCAUAGGCCUCGUGGCUGCACUGCUUGCCAACUAUGUAAAGGACUGGAUUGAUCCUGUUGGAGCUAUCAUUCUGGCACUGUACACCAUUCGAACAUGGUCAAUGACUGUGCUGGAGAAUGUGAACUCAUUGGUAGGCCGAUCAGCAGCACCGGAAUACCUACAAAAGCUGACAUACCUCUGCUGGAACCACCACCAGGCCAUUAGGCACAUUGACACCGUGCGGGCCUACACAUUUGGCUCCCACUACUUUGUGGAGGUGGACAUUGUGUUGCCAUCAGAUAUGCCCCUGAGAGAAGCACAUGAUAUUGGCGAGGCAUUGCAAGAGAAACUUGAGCUAUUGCCUGAGAUAGAGCGUGCCUUUGUCCACCUCGACUAUGAGUUCACCCAUCGCCCUGAGCAUGCCCAAGCCCAUGAUACGUAGCCCACUAAAGUUGUCCGACUUGUUAAGCGGAUCACGGCAAAAAAACUGAUCGUGAGCACAAUUCAUUUUCAAUAGCUUUCAUAUACCCCAAUCACCAGUCAUUCAAUCUUAGAUCACAUGGAUAUCUUGUUUUGUAUGGUAACUGCAAUAGCUUACGAUGUUUGGUAUCCGAUCUCAUAUUGAUAUCAUUUUAUUAUAGUGUCGGUAUGCAAUACAGUAUAAUAAGAUUCAGUAUAUCAAA